GGCAGCGGGGCGGCGGCGGGCGAUGGCGGCGCUGCCCCGAGGCCCGCGUGUACUGCUGGAGGAGGAGCAGCAGCAGGGCGCUGUGGCGGCCCCGGUGUGCCGGAGCUGAGGGGGCCGGUGGGCGCUGUAGGAAGCCCGGCCCGCGUGGUUAUGUUUCACACUAUGUGCAGACUGUCUGUACUCACAGAAGAUAUUUAAAACCAAACAGACUUUUUUGGAAUAUUUUGAUUCCAGUGGAAUCUGUGCUUUAGAUUUUUGUCUCGUCAAUUAACUCCUGAAGCAAUGCCUGUACAAGCUCCACAAUGGACGGAUUUUCUCUCCUGCCCGAUUUGCACACAGACUUUCGACGAAACCAUCCGGAAGCCCAUCAGCUUGGGUUGUGGCCACACUGUCUGCAAGAUGUGCCUCAACAAGCUCCACCGUAAGGCAUGUCCCUUUGACCAGACCACUAUCAACACGGACAUUGAACUCCUUCCUGUGAACUCAGCCUUGCUGCAGCUUGUGGGUGCUCAGGUUCCUGAGCAGCAGCCGAUUACUUUAUGCAGUGGAGCUGAAGAUACCAAGCAUUAUGAGGAGGGCAAGAAAUGUGUGGAAGAACUGGCAUUGUACCUCAAACCACUCAGCAGUGCAAGAGGUGUGGGUCUUAACAGUACUACUCAGAGUGUGCUGAGUCGUCCCAUGCAGAGGAAACUUGUGACAUUAGUCCAUUGCCAGCUGGUGGAGGAGGAAGGGCGAAUCAGAGCCAUGCGUGCAGCACGAUCACUGGGUGAAAGAACAGUCACAGAGCUCAUUCUCCAGCAUCAAAACCCUCAGCAGCUCUCCUCCAACCUCUGGGCUGCAGUGAGAGCCAGAGGGUGCCAGUUCCUUGGGCCAGCAAUGCAAGAGGAGGCUUUAAAGCUGGUUCUGCUGGCUUUAGAAGAUGGAUCUGCUCUGUCACGAAAGGUCUUGGUUCUCUUUGUGGUGCAGAGACUGGAGCCGCGGUUCCCUCAGGCCUCCAAAACCAGCAUUGGGCAUGUUGUCCAGCUCCUUUACAGAGCCUCGUGCUUCAAGGUGACCAAGCGAGAUGAGGAUUCCUCCCUGAUGCAACUGAAGGAGGAAUUUCGGACGUACGAAGCUCUGAGAAGGGAACAUGAUUCCCAGAUAGUUCAAAUAGCUAUGGAAGCAGGUUUGCGCAUUGCACCAGACCAGUGGUCCUCGCUGUUAUAUGGAGACCAGUCUCACAAAUCACACAUGCAGAGUAUCAUUGACAAGUUGCAGACCCCAGCCUCGUUUGCACAGAGUGUUCAGGAAUUAACUAUUGCUCUUCAGAGGACUGGAGAUCCAGCUAACUUGAAUCGUCUUAGACCUCACCUAGAGCUCCUAGCAAAUAUUGAUCCCAGUCCAGAUGCUCCACCUCCAACAUGGGAACAACUGGAAAAUGGACUAGUUGCUGUGAGGACUGUGGUUCAUGGCUUAGUUGAUUAUAUCCAGAAUCACAGCAAAAAAGGAACAGAUCAACAACAGCCCCCUCAGCACAGCAAGUACAAGACAUACAUGUGCCGAGACAUGAAGCAGAGAGGAGGAUGUCCCCGGGGGGCCAGCUGCACCUUCGCACACUCACAGGAGGAGCUGGAAAAAUUCCGUAAAAUGAACAAGCGUCUCGUUCCCAGAAGACCCCUUAGUGCCUCCCUGGGCCAACUCAAUGAGGUGGGCCUGCCUUCAGGAGCUAUCCUCUCAGAGGAAGGGGGAGUGGACUUGCCCAGUAGGAAAACUUCUGCUCUGCCAAAUGGAAUUGUGUCAACAGGCAGCACAGUGACACAACUGAUUUCUCGAGGGACUGACUCUGGUUAUGAAACUGCCCUGAAGCCAGGGAAGAUGGACCAUCUGAGUAGCAGUGCCCCUGGAUCCCCUCCUGACUUGCUGGAAUCUGUUCCCAAGAGCUCUAUUUCUGCCUUGCCCGUGAAUCCUCAUCCUGUGCCUGCUCGGGUGCCAGCAGAUCUGCCCUCAGUGUCUGUCACCAAGCAGUUGCAGAUGGUACCACGAGGGUCUCAGCUGUACAAUGCACAACAAGCAGAUAUGUUUUAUCAAGACCCCAGAGGAGCUGCCCCAUCGUUUGAGCCAGCACCCUACCAGCAAGGAGUGUACUACCCCACUCAGUCCAUGUCUCGCUUCGUCCGACCUCCUCCGUCAGCCCCUGAGCCGGGCGCACCGUACCUGGAGCACUACGGGCCGUACCUGCCGGAGCGUGUGGUGAGCCCGCAGUACCCACAGCCGCAGGGGUACCCGACCCUGGCUCAGCCCGUGUACCCACCGCACUACGACAGCCGCCGCGUGUACCCCCCCGUGCAGCCCUACCAGAGGGACGACGUGGUGCGGGGCAGCCCGGUGCCCAUCGACAUCCCGCAGGCGGCCGUGCCCCUCUACGUGCCCGAGUCCAGAGACAGAUACCAGCAAACGGAGGCUUAUUGCCCGGUGGCUCCGCAUCUCGGUCAGAUCAGACCUUCGUGCCACAGGCCUCAUCCCAGCCUGGAUGAACUUCACCGAAGAAGGAAAGAGAUCAUGGCCCAGCUGGAAGAGAGGAAGGUGAUUUCUCCACCUCCUUUUGCACCAUCACCAACCUUGCCUCAUCCUUUUCACUCAGAGGAGAUUUUUGUUUUUGUACAGUAUUUGGAUGAAGACCUGAAGGUAGCUGGGAAAUACAAAGGAAAUGACUACAGCCAGUACUCUCCCUGGUCCUGUGACACCAUCGGCUCCUACAUUGGAACCAAAGAUGCAAAACCCAAAGAUGUUGUGGCAGCAAGGAGUGUGGAGAUGGCGAACGUGGAUAGUAAAGCCGUGCGUGAGCAGCGACUGGACAUGCAGCGACGAGCGGCCGAGACAGGGGACGAUGACCUCAUUCCAUUUGGAGACCGACCAACUGUGUCAAGAUUUGGGGCCAUCUCUCGUACUUCCAAAGCCAUGUACCAGAACUCUGGGCCCAUGCAGGCCGUGGCGGUUCAGGGAGCUGCCACCAAAUCCAUCAUUUCAGACUACAGUCCUUACGAAACCCACAGUGGCUGGGGAGGCUCUCCAUAUUCUCCUCAUCAAAAUAUACCUUCUCAGGGACGUUUCAAUGACAGGGAGAGACUGUCCAUGUCGGAUGUGGCUGGACAUGGGAAGCAGUUGCCCUCAGCUGAACGAGAGCAGCAGCUGCGCAUGGAGCUGCAGCAAGUUGACCAUCAGAUCAGCCAGCAGACACAAAUGCGGGGUCUGGAGGCUGUUAGUAACAGGCUGCUGUUGCAGAGAGAGGCGACUACCCUGGCAGGCCAACCACAGCCCCCACCCCCACCUCCCAAGUGGCCUGGGAUGAUCUCAAGUGAACAGCUGAGCUUGGAGCUACACCAGGUGGAAAGGGAAAUUGGGAAGAGAACCCGUGAGCUGAGCAUGGAGAGCCAGUCUUCACUGGAUAUGAAAAACAAGCUGGGUACCACUAAACAGACAGAAAAUGGACAAUUGGAACCACAAAACAAGGUUCCAGCUGAGGACCUUACACUGACAUUCAGGACAAUGCGUCUCUUGGUGGUGUGUCUGCUCAGUGUCUGGGGGCUGGCUGCCCCUGAGCACUACGCCGUGGAGGACAUCUGCACUGCCAAGCCACGUGACAUCCCAGUGAACCCCAUCUGCAUCUAUCGCAACCCUGACAAGAAGCCCCAGGAGGGUGAGGGGCAAGAGCCAGCAAAGGACAAGCUCCCAGAGUCCACCAACCCACGGGUCUGGGAGCUGUCAAAAGCCAACUCUCGGUUUGCUGUUGUUUUCUACAAGUACCUGGCUGACUCCAAGGACAAUCGGGAAAACAUCUUCAUGUCACCCCUCAGCAUUUCCACAGCCUUCGCCAUGACCAAGCUCGGAGCCUGUGGCAGCACCCUCCAGCAGCUCAUGGAGGUCUUUAAAUUUGACACCAUUUCGGAGAAGACAUCGGAUCAGAUCCAUUUCUUCUUUGCCAAGCUGAACUGCCGCCUUUACAAGAAAGCAAACAAAUCCUCAGAGCUGGUAUCAGCCAACCGUCUCUUUGGGGAGAAAUCUUUGGUCUUUAAUGAGACUUACCAGAACAUCAGUGAAAUCGUUUAUGGAGCAAAACUCUGGCCCUUGAACUUCAAAGAGAAGCCAGAACUUUCCAGGCAGAUCAUUAAUGAGUGGGUGGCUAAUAAGACAGAGAGGCGCAUUACAGAAGUGAUCCCAGAAGGUGGUAUUGAUGGUCUCACUGUCUUGGUUCUGGUCAACACCAUUUAUUUUAAGGGGCACUGGAAAUCGCAGUUCCCAGCUCCAAACACAAAACUGGAUGUAUUUCAUAAAGCCAGUGGUGAGACCUGCCAAGUCCCAACUAUGUACCAGGAGUCCAAGUUCAACUACGCAUUCCAGGACAAAGUCCAGGUGCUGGAGAUGCCUUACAAAGGGGAUGAUAUCACGAUGGUGCUGGUCCUGCCCAGUGCUGGGACACCACUGGAGGAGGUGGAGCGAGACCUGACAUCAGAGAAACUGCAGGGCUGGAUAGAUUCCAUGAAGGAGAUGUCUCUCUUUGUCUACCUCCCUCGCUUCCGUGUUGAGGACAGCUUCAGUGUCAAGGAAAAGCUGAGGAAAAUGGGGCUGGAAGAUCUCUUCAGUCCGGAAAAUGCCAGACUCCCAGGUAUCAUUGCAGAGGGCCGCACAGACCUGUAUGUGUCUGAGGCUUUCCACAAAGCCUUCCUUGAGGUGAAUGAAGAAGGCAGUGAGGCCUCAGCUGCUACAGCUGUCACCAUCUCUGGCCGUUCCUUCCCCAUGAACAGAAAAAUCUUCAAUGCCAACAGGCCCUUCCUGCUUUUCAUCCGGGAAGCUGCCCUCAACACCAUCAUCUUCAUGGGCAGGAUCGCUGAUCCUUGCUCCUAAAGGGGCUGGUAGGGCCUCACUUCUCCCUCCUCUGCCUCGGGAAAAGGGGAGGUGGGGCAUUGCCACAAAGCAUGGGCUGCUCCUGGGGUGGUUGGUCCUGCUGUUUGGUGCCAGCUGCAGGGAGGGACUGCAUCCAGCUGGGCUGUCCCUGUUCUUCCCUGCCAUGUCAGGUGAGGGGGCUCAUAGGUCACCUCACCUGUCCUGUCCUCUGUGGCAAGGAAAGCCGAAUUUCCUCUGGCCACCAGUAUUUUUGUGGCACCCAAGUCCAGCAUUGCUGUCUUUCCUGUGCCCAACCCUCUGUAACUCUGAUGGCUUAGUUCAUUAAAACCUAUAGAUCUGUAACAGACUGCUCUCUGAAUGCACAGUU